AUCUCUGAAUCUACAAGAAAAGUUGGAAAGAUUGAGCUUCACCUAGCAAGUACCUGAAAUUGUAAUUGUUUUUCGCUUUCUGGGUCUUCCUGGAUUGAGUCUUUAUACAGAGCCAAAAGAAAAACGAAGGGCCUUGCUGGGAUGAGCAAGGUGUAAAACUGUUGUUAAAGCAAAAGGAUUAAGAUGGGAAUUUUUGAUGGGUUGCCCAUUCCUCCUGAGAAAGCAUUUUGGUUUGGAGGGUAGAUUUCAUAUUUACAAUCGAAGAAAAGGCCCACUCCAGGCAAAGUAUUUAUUUCUCGAGACCAACAGGCAAAAGCUAAAAAGAAAAAGAAGAAACUAACGACAGCUAGGAAGUCAAAAAAAUGGGGAAGAAGCAAAAACGCAACAGUGACAGUGACGAAGACGAAAUAUUUUACCACCGCUACUCCUCCGCCACCACGUCAUCACAACACCCAACUUCCUCCACCAAAACCCACGGCGGAUCCGGCGGUUUAGCACCAUCAAAAUCAACCCUGUACGUAUCCAAUUUGGACUUCUCCCUUACAAACUCAGACCUCCACACACUCUUCUCCACCUUCGGCAAAGUAGCACGUGUAACUGUCUUAAAAGACCGAACAACACGGAAAUCGCGCGGUGUCGCAUUCAUCCAAUUCGUAUCUCGCAGCGACGCGGUCACCGCCGUUGAACAGAUGGACAAGAAGAUUCUCAAUGGGAGAACUCUGUCGGCGUCGAUUGCAGCAGAUAAUGGUAGAGCGGCGGAGUUUAUUAAGAAGAGGGUUUACAAGGAUAAGAGUAAGUGUUAUGAGUGUGGAGAAGAUGGACAUUUGAGUUAUGAGUGUCCGAGGAAUCGAUUGGGGAUUAGAGAGAGGCCUGUGGUGAAGAGAGGGAGGGGAGGCAGUGGUGGAGGCGGCGGCGGCGGCGGAAGGGGCGGGGCAGAUUGGGAGGAGGAGGAAGAAGAGGCUGAGUUUGAGGAGGAGAAGUGGGCUGCGGCGGUGGAUGGAGGGGUGGAGGAGAGGUUGUUGAAGGGGGGAGAGGUGGAGAAAAAGAAAGUGAAGGUUAAGAAAGCUAGUUACUUCAGUGAUGAGAGUGAUGAAGAGGAGUGAUUUCUGGGAUUCUUUUCGGAGGUCAGAGGCGAUCAUUUUUCAGAUCGAUAGUCGUUAGCAUUCGGAGAGGAGCCACCCUGGCUUGCAGCCAGAAUUGUGAAGAGUGUAUAUCUUGUCGAAGCUCAAAGGGAGAGUCUUGUGUUGAAUUUCUUCCAUCGGAGGGGAGAAUUGCAAAUUUACUUCCAGUUGGAGUCUUGUCGAUGAUCACACAUAUAGUUGAAUUCUGUAUGUCUGAUUUAUCAGCAAUAUUGAUACAGACAUGAUAUAUGAGAAUGUACUGUGAAAUAUGUAUCUGCAAUGCAUUGAAUAGAAAGAUCAGUAUAAACUUCUAGAUUUCAGUUUUGUGU